GAGCCUCAGCUCCACAAGCCAGAGAACUUGGCGAGGUCCCUGGCACUCCCACUUCCUCAAAGCUAUGAGACAGGAGUGUUCUCCUUAUGUGACUAGGCACAAGUUCCAAGUGGGGAGGGGACAGGCUCAGCAUCCGGGGCCAAAACAAGAAUAGAACUGGAAGCUGAGCUUGAAGCAGUUCAGGCUUUGGGCUCCCUGCAUCAACACAGCCAGCAAUGCCUAUGAUUUCCGUGCUGGGCAAAAUGUUUCUGUGGCAGCGCGAAGGGCCUGGAGGACGAUGGACUUGUCAGACAAGUCGCAGAGUGGCUUCGGACCCUGCCUGGGCUGUGGAGUGGAUCGAACUCCCUCGAGGUCUCUCUCUGUCCUCUCUGGGAUCUGCUCGGACUCUCCGAGGCUGGAGCCGGUCCCCUCGUCCUUCUUCCGUGGACAGCCAGGACUUGCCAGAGGUGAAUGUUGGAGACACAGUCGCGAUGCUGCCCAAGUCCCGGAGAGCUCUAACCAUCCAGGAGAUUGCCGCGCUGGCCAGAUCGUCCCUGCAUGGUAUUUCCCAGGUGGUGAAGGACCACGUGACCAAGCCCACAGCCAUGGCCCAGGGCCGUGUGGCUCACCUUAUCGAAUGGAAGGGCUGGAGCAAGCCUAGUGACUCACCGGCUGCUCUGGAAUCAGCCUUUUCCUCCUAUUCAGACCUCAGUGAGGGCGAACAAGAGGCUCGCUUUGCAGCAGGAGUGGCCGAGCAGUUUGCUAUUGCAGAAGCCAAGCUCCGGGCAUGGUCUUCAGUGGACGGCGAUGACUCCACGGACGAUUCUUAUGACGAGGACUUUACUGGGGGAGCUGAUACAGACAUGGCUGGACCUCUGGGGUCCCACCUCCAGGACCUCUUCACAGGUCGUAGAUUCUCCCGGCCUGUGCGCCAGGGCUCUGUGGAACCAGAGAGCGACUGUUCACAGACCGUGUCCCCGGAUACCCUGUGCUCUAGUCUGUGCAGCCUGGAGGAUGGGUUGCUGGGCUCCCCAGCCAGGAUGACCUCCCAGAUGUUGGGUGAAGAGCUGCUCCUUGCUAGACUGCCCCCGAGCCGGGAAAGUGCCUUCCGCAGCCUGGGUCCGCUGGAGGCCCAGGACUCGCUUUACAACUCACCGCUCUCAGAAUCCUGCCUUUCCCCUGCCGAGGAGGAGCCCGAUUCUUGCAAGGACUGCCAGCUGCUCUGCCCACUGCCCACAGGCAGCUGGGAACGACAGCAGCAAGUCUCUGAGGUGGCCUCUUCUGGGGUCGCAUCCUUAGAUGAGGAUGAGGUGGACCAGUGACCCAGACGUGCCCGGCGGCGGCAUGUCUCCCCAGGCCGCUGCCUGGGGCGGAGCCUCUGUGGCCAAACGUGGGCUCUGAAGCUUUAGAGGGCUUCUGGGAGCACUCACUUCUCCGUUGUGUGUUUUGCAUGAAAGUGUUUGGAGAGGAGGCAGGGGCCAGGCUAGGGGCGCAUGUCCUGCUUCCACUCUUGGGGUUUGCCGGGGCUUGCCCGGGGCCUCUGGGGCAUGGCUACAGCUGUGGCAGACAGUGACGUUCAUGUUUCUUGAAUCCAAAAUGCCACAUUUCCUCCUGGGAUGUGAACCUGAGAGGGUUGUGGCUGGGCUGGGAAGGUGGAAAUGGAGGAAGCCCGGCCACACAUCCUCCACCCUCUCCCAUGCCCCUCUCCUCUGCUUUUCUCUUCCAAGUCCAUGUGCAGUGCUUGACUGAACCACCUCCCCCUGUGGGGCUGGCUCCUGCCCUGCGGGAGUCUACAGAUUGAGCCGUCCCCAAAGGGUCCCCUUGCCUACCUGGGCUCUGCUGUGCUUUCCCCUCCAUUGUCUCUAAACCUUUUUUUCCCUAAAGACAGGGGGCUUCUGGUCUGUUCUUUGAGCCGAUCUUCUUUGGGAGGCACUGGGAAUGAUGAAAGAGUGUGCCCUUGCCCCUCCCUCCUUCCCUCCCCUCCACCCCGGCCCUUUCCCAGCAUGGCAAGGUUGUGUGGGUACAUGCAGAGUCUCAGUAGGGCGGAGCUGGAAAAUGGACGGGCUCUGGUUGUUACCGAGCCGGGAGGGCCUUGUCUUUUCAUAGAGGACCACAAGGGGGCCACCUGGGGAGCCCGAUUUGUGCCAAUGAAUGGACAGCACGAGGGAGUAGCUGUCCUUGGGGGAGGAAAGAGGGUAGUGCUUUUCUUGGUAGAUGGAAGGCUGUAGCCACAGUGAUAGGGGGCCCUGUCCCAGGGAGGGUGUUGCAGAUCAGGCAGUGGAGGCCUCUGGCAGCUCUGAUAUUACGGGGACACUGGGCUUGGUAGGUGGCUGCAAGGAAGAAUCUCAGAGGCUUGGGCAAUAGGUAAGAGGAUCCAAGGUGAAGAAAAUAUGAGCCAAUAGCACAAGUGUUCUAUACAUGAGUGGCUAAUUAGGUGUUUAUUCUAUUUAUUGUUUUAUUAAAUUAAUAUAAAAAUCUU